AUGAAGGGCCUGUGGCUGCCCCAUUGCUAUGGCAGAAUUGAGAGGCUGCUGAUGUGGCUCGAGGGCGAGGACCUCUUUCAUCGCAGCUCGUCGCUCGAACGGAGCCUCACCAUGGCGAUCCUUGGUAUCCUUGUUGCCAGCACGGGAUUCACGGCGCUCCACAGCUGUGCAGUCAGAGACACCUGCACCGCGGAGCGUGCUCGGAGCCAGGCCCUGGCUCUGGAGGUGGAGAGGCUCCGGCACGAGCUCGUCACGACCAGUGCGCACAGUGUCUUGGCCGUCGACUCUGCAGAAGAAGACCUUCGGCAGAGGACCUUCCAGAGUCCUGCGUUCCACUUGCGCGGCGCCAAUGAGGGCGGUCUCGCAGAUGGCGAAUAG